CCGGCUCGCGGUGCGGUAGGAACGGGCGGGCUGGCCAUCAGAGCCCGGGUAUCGCUGGGACCCGAACCCACAGGUUCACUUUAGGGCCCGGCGUUGUGCGAAGCGGCCACGUCUGAGCCCCGGGGGGCCAAUCUGGGCCGGGGUAGUCGCCCAGCGAUCUGGGCCAGGAUAUCCCCUCCCAAGCUCUCGCCCUAUGGGCGAACGCCGCCCGGUCCUUCUGAGCACCUUCACAGCAGGAAGCGCAAAGCUACGCCCGCCCUUUCGAAAGGCCGUGAAGGGGUUGGGAUGGGCACAUCUUAGCCUGCCCGGUCCCGAUUUGAGGUCUGUCGACGCUGCCUUUCAGCGUGAGCUCCCAGGAUGGGAACCCCAGCGUCUGUGGUGAGCGAGCCGCCCCCUUGGCAGGCCCCGCCUGAGGCCCGGGGCCGCAAGCAGGCCACAGCCAACAUCUUCCAGGAUGUUGAGCUGCUGCAGAUCCAGGGCCUGUUUCAGCGCAGUGGGGACCAGCUGGCCGAAGAGCGGGCACAGAUCAUCUGGGAGUGUGCAGGAGACCACCGUGUGGCAGAGGCCUUGAGGAGGCUGCGUAGGAAGAGGCCCCCCCGGCCAAAACCCCUGGGCCACUCACUGCACCACUGCAGCCGGCUCAGAAUCCCCGAGCCCCGUGCCCCACUGGCCGACCAGCAGAGCGGCGCCACAGAGACACCCUCUGGCGAUCAGUAUCUGAACUCCAGGAGGACAAGUGGCAGGAUCCGCCGGAACUGGAAGAAGCCAGGCCCCAACAGCUACCUCCAUCAGAUCAGACACUGAUCCAGGGAAGAGGCUGGGAACAGCAGUAACUUCCUCAGGAAUCAAAGGGACUUUCGCCAAAGGGCCCAGAAGGUGAAGAAGGAAGAGAAACUGGAGGCGGAUGGCCCCACAGUGGUACAUGGAAGAUCACUACCACUGUCCUGCUCCAUUCAGAACAGGACCAGAGGUGUCCCCUGAGCUCUGUGCCAUGCGGGACCCACUCCUCACCAGAAUGAGGAGAAACAGCGCCCAUUCCUGCCUCAGCUCUUCCCACCUAACCGUAUACUCGGGCUGCAUGAUAUUCCCCUGGGAGUCCAGUGAUGGGCACAGAGACUGAGCAUCUCACCGCUCCUGCUGCCUAGCCUCCUGCUACUACUGCAACCCACGGUCCAGCUGCCUGCCCACACCCUGCCCCCCAGGCUAGCACAAGGAAACCGUGGCUUAAGUGGCAAAAUAAAACCAUUUGCAUUAAUAA